AUUCAUCAACAUAUUAAUAAGUUGAGAUUUUUUUGUGUUUUAUAAAGCAGACCUUCAUUCUCAAAUCUCUCGUCUCCAUUCUCCUGACCUAAUUUUUCAUCCUCCGUAACCCUUACAUCCUCACGGAGACGGAGCCGGAGCCGGAGCCGGAGCCGCAGCCACACCCAGUGAACCUGUCACACAGCCGCAGCCAGCCCUUGCCACCAAACCAUAUCAGCCCCCACGUUACGUGAAGAGACGUACAUAACUACAACCCUUUCCCGACGAAAACAGACUUAGAGGAGUAUUUCUCCGUCAAGUGCUUGGCUAAUCAAUAAUGGCGAAGACUAAGUACGUGAAACUACAAGGCAGCCAAAGCCUAAGGCUACGUUUGCUUCUCUCUACUCUUUCUUCAACUCCUAUUCUUAUCGAUGAUAUUCGAUCUAAUCAUACCAUUCCUGGUCUUCGCCCCCAUGAAGUCUCCUUUCUUCGUCUCAUUGAAACUGUCUGUGAUGAUUGUACCGUUGAAAUCAAUGAAACUGGUACCAAAUUGAAGUAUAAACCUGGGAUUAUUAUGGGUGGAAAACAUUUGGUUCAUGAUUGUGGAUUAAGUCGCUCAAUCGGCUACUUUUUGGAACCAUUGAUUAUUUUGGCUUUAUUUGGGAAAAAGCCCCUUUCUAUUAGGCUCAAAGGUAUAACUAAUGAUUCUAAGGAUCCAUCUGUUGAUACCUUCCGGUCGACUACCUUGAACAUUGUGAAACGUUUUGGAGUUCCUUCAGAUGGUCUGGAGCUGAAAAUUGAGAAUCGUGGGUCACCUCCUUUAGGGGGUGGAGAGGUAGUGCUAUCAGUACCAAUUGUGCUGAGCAGUUUAACGGCAGUAAACUGGGUUGAUGAGGGAAUGGUAAAGCGCAUUAGAGGGGUGUCAUUUUCUACUCGAGUAUCAGCACAGUUUGAAAAUACUAUGAUACAUUCUGCUCGUGGGAUUUUCAAUCCCUUGCUUCCUGAUGUGCACAUCUUCACGGAUCACAAGGCUGGUGUGCAAGCUGGAAACUCCCCGGGUUUUGGGAUUUCACUAGUUGCUGAAACCACUUCUGGUUGUUAUCUUUCUGUUGAUACUGCGGUCUCGUAUCCACGAAAAGAUAUUGCUGAACUUGAAGACGAGGAAAAGGUAGAUCUGAAGUCUUCUGAGGUUGUUGGUGUGGAAAUUGCUUCCGCUUUACUUGGUGAAAUUGAGCAGGGUGGAGUGGUGGAUUCAACACAUCAGGGCUUGUUAUUUCUUCUUUGUGCUUUGUGCCCUCAAGAUGUUUCAAAAAUUCGUGUUGGGAAGCUUUCGCCUUAUGGAAUGAAUGUGUUAAGGCUCAUAAGGGAUUUUUUGGGUGUGAAGUUUGCCAUCAAACCCGAUCCUUCAACUGGCACUGUUAUUCUUAAAUGCGUUGGAUGUGGUCUUAAAAAUCUCUCAAGAAAGCUUUCGUGAUGUUUACCUACUCAAUUUUACUCGAAUCGCUUUCUUCUGGUGAAGUAUCUGAAUUGACAAGGGCAUGCUUUUGUCAACUUGGGCAAGAUUAUGCAAGCAGCCUAGAAUUUUUUGUAGUAUCUAGUUUUUUCCGGUUUCUUCGACGAAUUUCGGAGUUUGCACAUAAUUGAUUGGGCCAAUAUAUGUGUACAAGUUCCAUUUUUUUAGUUUCCAUGAACAACAGGCUACGAGACACUACAUUACUUCAAAGGCAUAUGUGUAGGAUUAUAGUUAGCGUGUUUUUCUUUUUUUUUUUUUUUAAUAAUCAAAUUAUUAUUGAUUUUAUAAAAUAUAGAAAAAAGUUGAUGCUAUCUUAUUGUGUGUGA